AUGUCGGGAAUCACCGACUUCCUCGGCCGUGCCAUCAGCACGGUCAAACAGGCCAUCGACGCUGAUAACGCCGCCGACUACGAGAAGGCCUUUCAACUAUACACAAAGUCGCUCGAACUGUUCGUCCUCGCCGUCAAGUGGGAGAAGAACCCUAAAUCCAAGGAGCUCAUUCGCCAGAAGACGGCUGAGUACAUGGACCGCGCCGAGAAGCUCAAAACAUAUUUAGCGGAAGCAGAACAGAAAAAGAGCGGCGGCGGCAACAAACCCGGAGCCAUGGGCGUUAACGGCGGCGGCAAGGGCAAGGCGAACGCCGACGACGGCGACGAGGACAACAAGAAGCUGCGCAAUGCACUCAGCGGUGCCAUUCUCCAGGAGCGUCCCAAUGUGCGGUGGGACGACGUCGCCGGUCUCGAAGGCGCUAAGGAUACGCUCAAGGAAGCCGUCGUGCUGCCGAUCAAGUUCCCCUCGCUUUUCCAGGGCAAGCGCCAGGCCUGGAAGGGUAUCCUGUUAUACGGCCCCCCGGGCACAGGUAAGAGUUAUCUGGCCAAGGCUGUGGCAACAGAGGCGAACAGCACGUUCUUCAGCGUGAGCAGUUCGGACUUGGUGAGCAAGUGGAUGGGAGAGAGUGAAAGACUCGUGAAAGCCCUCUUCAGCAUGGCGAGAGAAAACAAGCCCUCGGUCCUCUUCAUUGACGAAAUCGACGCCCUGUGUGGACCUCGUGGCGAGGGCGAGUCCGAAGCCUCGAGACGUAUCAAGACGGAACUGCUGGUCCAGAUGGAUGGUGUCGGUAACGACAGCAAGGGCAUUCUCGUCUUGGGUGCGACCAAUAUCCCCUGGCAGCUCGAUGCCGCCAUUCGUCGACGUUUCCAACGCCGUGUCCACAUCGGUUUACCCGACGCCAACGGCCGCGCGCGCAUGUUCAAGCUCGCCAUCGGCGACACGGAGACGAACCUGCAAGCCGACGACUACCGCGUGCUUGCCGAGAUGUCGGAGGGUUUCUCCGGCAGUGAUAUCACCAACGUGGUACAGCAGGCGCUUAUGGGGCCUGUGAGAAAGAUUGUUCAAGCUACGCAUUUCAAGCCGGUUAUGGUUGACGGCGUUAGAAAACUCACGCCGUGCUCCCCCGGCGACCCAGAGGCCAAGGAGAUGACAUACCACGACGUCGACUCGGAGGAGCUCAUGGCCCCCAUCAUCGAACUCAAGGACUUCAAGCAAGCGCUCAGGGAGUCGCAUCCUACUGUUUCUGAGGACGACGCAGCCAAGCAAAUAGAGUGGACCAACGAGUUUGGCAGCGAGGGCGCAUGA